AUGAAUCUCUCACUUAUCGAUCCGUUUGUCCUGGCGCAGGAAUACCCAGAUACUCUGACUGAGAAGCUGAGCAGCGGCCAUGCGACAUGUUUAAGCUUCAACCACAAAGGCGACUACCUUGCCUCCGGACGAGUGGACGGCACAGUGGUAAUCUUCGACAUUGAGACCAACGGCGUGGCGCGCAAAUUGCAAGGUCACACGCGACAGAUCCAGUCUCUGAGCUGGUCUCGCGAUGGCCGCUACCUUCUCACCUCCUCCCAAGACUGGAAAUGCAUCCUCUGGGAUCUCAAAGACGGCUCACGAAUCCGUACAGUCCGAUUCGAGGCGCCAGUAUACAUCGCCGAGCUACACCCAUUCAACCACCUCCUCUUCGUCGCCUCCCUCUUCGAAGACCAACCAGUACUGGUAGACGUCUCCGGCACCAAACCAAUCAAACGAAUCCUCCCCUCCGCCCCCCUCAGACCACAAGCCCCAAACGGCGAAGAAGUUGACCCAACCAUAGCCGCAAAACAAGCAGCGCAAGACGCCAAGCACUCGACAUGCGUAACCAUCUUCACAGCCUUCGGCAACCACAUAAUCGCCGGCACCUCAAAAGGCUGGAUCAACAUAAUCGAAACCCAAACCUGCACCACAAUCCACUCAAUGCGCCUCUGCAACGGGGUCGUAAUCCUCCUCCGACUCGCCAGCAACGGACGCGACCUCCUAGUCAACAGCUCAGACCGAGUAAUCCGCACAGUGCUAAUGCCAGACCUAUCACAGCUGGGAAUCGACCUAGAACCAUCGGCGAUAAAACUACACGUGGAGCACAAGUUCCAAGACGUGGUCAACCGACUCAGCUGGAACCACGUGACAUUCUCAUCGACAGGCGAGUUCGUCACCGCAACAACAUUCAUGAACCCGGAUAUAUACGUGUGGGAACGCAGCCAUGGGUCGCUGGUUAAAAUCCUGGAAGGGCCGCGUGAAGAACUCGGCGUUGUCGAGUGGCACCCCAGCAGACCGAUGGUUGUGGCGUGCGGACUAGAGACUGGGUGCAUCUACACGUGGUCGAUCGUAUCGCCGCAGAAAUGGUCGGCGCUGGCGCCAGAUUUCGGCGAGGUUGAAGAGAAUGUUGAGUACAUGGAGGCGGAGGAUGAGUUUGAUGUUCACCCUGCUGAGCAGGUGCAUCAGCGACGUUUAGAUCAGGAAGAUGAGGAGCCGGAUGCUGUGACGCUUGAUUUGGUGAAGGGGGAUGGGGAUGCUGAUGGGGUUGAGCCGUUUAAUCUCCCUGUAUUGCUGGAUAUUGAGGACAGUGAUUCUGGUGAGGAUGUUGUUGCUGUUGGGCCGGGGACUAUGCGGCGGAGGACGCCUGGGGCUGGAAGAGAGGGUGUCAAUGGGGAUGCGGAGAAGCCUGCGACUAAUGGAGCUUCGAGGGGCGCUACUAGGAGUCGGCGGCGCUAG